GAAAUGCUGCUUGAGUUCAACAUCAGUCACCACGAUGAAGCCGAUCAUAGUAGUGUUACUCGCGUGCCUUGUGGCACUAGUGUCCAGCGCUUCUUACAUGAACAGAAAUGUAAAGUACGCUGAAACCGAGUUUCUGGAGAAACAGCAAUUCGUUUUCGACAUCCUUCAACAUGUGCACCAAAAUGUAGUUUUAUUGCCGAAAUACAAGGAUGGAAAAGACUUCGAUAUCCAAAACUACUAUGAUCACUACAACCAUGUGGAAUUGGUCAAGGAAUUCUACGAAUGGCAUACGAAGAGUCCAGUGCCAGUAGGAGAGAUCUUCACCUUGUUCAACGAACACCAUGUGGAGUACGCUAAGAGGUUGGUUUACGCUUUCGUUCUGGCCAAGGAUUGGGACACCUUCUACAAAACUGUUGUCUGGGCUCGUUGGCAUGUAAACAAAGAAGUUUUUGUCUACGCUCUGUCCAUCGCAGUGAUUCAUCGUACCGAUCUUCAAGGACUUGUCCUUCCAGCCAUCUACGAAAUCUUCCCGUACUACUUCUUCAAUUCUGAAACUAUCCAAAAGGCUCAACACUACAAGAUGCAAGGAUUUGAUGGAGUCAAGAAGGUAGAAGGCGUUUACAAUGUUGUAAUUCCUUCAAAUUAUUCUGGAGUGCAUGGCCAAGUGAACGAUGAAAACCUCGUAUCCUAUUUCACUGAAGAUAUUGGACUAAAUGCUUUCUACCAAUACUACAACUUAGAUUACCCCUACUGGACAUCGGGUGCAGUUAAAGGAGACUUCGUGAAAGACCGCCACGGGGAGUUCUACUUUUCAGUUCAUCAGCAAUUGUUGGCUCGUUACUACAUGGAACGCUUAUCCAAUAGUCUGACUGAUAUUGAAGAAUUCAACUUUAACACAGAAACUUUCCCAGGAUAUUUCUCAGGGCUUCGUUACUAUUCAGGUGUUCACUUCCCAGAUCGUGAAAAUGGCUACGGAUUCUAUCAUUCUGGUAAUUUCUACAAUAUCGAUUUAGUUACUCUUUACAGUCAUCGCAUUUAUGACGUCAUCGAUUAUAAUUUUGCUCUUCUUCCUGACGGCAAACAUUUUGAGUUGAAAGAUGUCAAAGUGGCACUCGAAACGCUUGGAAACAUCGUGCAAGGAAAUAAGGACAGCGUUAAUCCACAACUCUAUGGUAGCAUGGAUCACAUACUUCGCGACAUAAUCAAUGAAGGUUUCCCUGCUGGCCAUCAUGGAGAAGACGUUCCUGGUGUUAUGUACCACUACUCAACCUCCAUUCGAGAUCCCGCCUUUUUCCACAUGUACAAAUUUAUUCUGAGGUUCUACUGGCGCUACCUCGACCGUCUGCCAUCCUAUACAAAGAGUGAACUACAAUUUGACGGCGUUAAGAUCACAGGAGUUGAAAUGGAUAAACUUGUAACAUUCUUCGAUAAAUUCUAUGCCGAUAUUACCAACGCCGUUGAUGUUGAACCUUACGAUGUCAGCAAAGGUACUGAAUUGUACAAAUUUGGUCGCACUGCCAGUUACGAUGGACACGACUUCGUUAUCAAGGCUCGCCAGCAACGUCUCAACCAUUUGCCAUUCACAUUCAAACUUUCCGUUAGUUCUACCAAGCCACAAAAGGCCGUUGUGAAAGUGAUGAUCGGUCCGAAAUACGAUGUCUAUGGCAAGAAAAUCGACAUCAACGUAAACCGUAAGAACUUCUUUGAAUUGGACUACUUUUUGGUCGACCUCGUUGAAGGCGAAAAUGUCAUCACCCGUAGUUCAACCGACUACUCGUGGUAUGUGAAUGAUCGCACCACAUACUAUGAACUGUACAAGAAACUCUUCCAAGCUGUCAACAGUCAUGAAAAGUUCCCUCUGGAUAUGUCAGAGGCUCACUGCGGAUUCCCAAGUCGCUUGAUGCUGCCAAAGGGCAAGAAGGGCGGUAUGCCAUUCCAAUUCUUCUUCUACGUGGCUCCUUACCAUGAACCAGCCCUGAAACAAUUCAGCGGCUUCGAUCCUGCUAUUUCCUGUGGAAUCGGGUCAGGUUCAAGAUAUUUAGAUGAUACCACCCUCUUGUACCCGCUUGAUCGUGUGAUUGACGUCAAGAAUUGGUACGUGGACAACAUGUACUAUUUCGACACAAUGAUCUUCCAUAAGUCUGAAGUUGACAUUAAUGCAGUGCAGGUAUAAAUUUUUGUUGUUGUUUAUUGUUAUUAUUUUUCUAAAAUGAUGUGAAAAAAAAAAAAA